AUGGGACAUUUCAGGAAGGAUUGCCCAAAACUAAUGAACAUAAAUGUUGGGCCAGUACGUGGAAGGGCGUUUGUGAUUAAAGCCGAGGAAGCUCGUGACCACCCUAAUCUCGUAACCGGUAUGUUUCUGGUCAACAACUCAUAUGCAUCUGUUCUAUUUGAUACCGGUGCUGAUAAAAGUUUCGUAUCUAAAGAAUUCAGUUUAACAUUCGAUAUUUCCCCCACCGCAUUAGAUAAAAAAUAUAUUAUAGAGCUAGCCGACGGCAAAUUAUUAAAAACCAACAAAAUUUUCAAGGGUUGUACCUUAAACUUAGCCGAUCAUUUGUUCGAAAUCGACUUAAUGCCCGUUGAACUAGGAAGUUUCGAUAUUAUCAUUGGCAUGGAUUGGUUGGUGAAGCAUCAUGCCGAAAUCGUGUGUUACGAAAAGGUAGUUCGAAUUCCCCUUACAAACGACAAUAUAAUAACUAUAAGAGGGGAGAAGAGCAGCAUCAAGCUAAACAUCAUAUCGUUCAUAAAAGCUCAGAAGUGCUUGAGAAAGGGCUACUACGCUAUCUUAGCUCAUGUGAAGGAAAAGAAGUCAGAGGAAAAGCGAGUAGAAGAUGUGCCAAUUGUACGAGAGUAUCCGGAAGUAUUUCCAGAAGACUUGCCUGGGCUUCCGCCUUCUAGACAAGUGGAAUUUCGUAUCGAUCUAGUACCCGAAGCAAAGCCAGUAGCGCGAGCCCCUUAUUGA